CUCAUAGAACUUGUUGACACGCCCAUUUUCCAAACCAAUUACCCCUACUACCUCGUUUGGUGAUGAUGGCGCGAAAAGCAUACACCCCAAGAAAAAAAAUUAACCAUGAAACGUAACAAACUAUUGGCAUCGUCGAAUUCCAUUCCUGACUCACAUUAUUUAUUGUGCUUCAGGCUUCAGAAGAUAGUUCGCGAGAUUUAAUAUGAUAUAAAUAAAUUAUUUAUUGAUAAUAUAGCCCUAAAAUUAUCAUAAUUAGGGGAUCACGUAAAAAUGAAAUAUGUGUAUUAUCAGACUGUCUCAGAAAUAAAUUGGUUGCAGUUUUUAAUACUACAUAUUUUAUGCAUUUUAUUAUCCCUGAUUGGGUUGUUUAUUGGGGUCAUCCGUUGAUAUUGUAUAUACAUAUUCUUGCUAUGUCAUUAACUGAUAAAAUAGGAAUAACAUGUUUUUGACGUUUUUUUUUUUAAAUUGAAACCUAUUAUUAUAAUAACAUAUAAAUUUUACCUCAUCUUUUAAUUUUUUAAAUACAUUAUAACAUGAUAAAUUUGCAGAUUGUUUCAGAGCACAUUUACCAGCAGAGCCUUUUUUAAUUGUUAUAAGAGCAAAAAAGGAAAAGUAGACCCGGGGUUUGUUUGAAAUAUCGAAAAUACGCAAAAAGAUAAAUACUGUAUAAUGUUAAAAAUAUUUGGAAAUAUAGUGUGCCUAAGUUUAGUAUUUUUCAUGUUCCAUUUAUUUAUAUACUCGUCCCUUCGUCAUUUCUUUGAAAACAUAUAUUCCAUAGGCUUGAAAAUAUUGCAGUGAUAAUAUCUGUGGUAGCGCUGCCAAAGCUCUCUGUUUUAGCUGUCUCGUGUAUUAUAGGUAUCUAAAGCAGAGCUACUUUAAAGCGACAGUUGGCGUAAACGUUAAUACUUAAAGAUGGAACCAAAUAAUCUUCUCGAAUUAUUUGAGUGUCCCGUUUGCGUGGACUACAUCCUUCCGCCGAUCAAGCAAUGCCAAAACGGUCAUUUGUUCUGCCUGCCCUGCAGUAAUAAGAUGAAAAACUGCCCCAUCUGCCGAAUCACCAUCACCAACAAUCGCAAUCGCGCCAUGGAGACCGUAGCGAGAUCGAUGAAUUUUCCGUGCAAGUACCAACACUUUGGCUGCAAGAAGAAAGUUAAAUACGAUGAGAAGCUUGAGCACGACAAGAGUUGCGCUUUCAAUCCUUGUUACCCCUGCGUGGUAGCUCAAUGCAACUGGCGUGGUCCCUACCAUGAAGUGCCACUCCAUCUUGAAUCUGAGCAUAAAAUCAUUACCAAUCACUCUGAAGGAGCCAUUUUAUUUCCUGUAAAAGGCAUUAUAAACUGUCAGGGCUGUGACCAAUGGAUGAUGUCGGCAAGUCGUCAUGGUCGGUGCUUUGUGGUGGUCCUCUCUGAGUUGCCCCCAGAUAAGCUCAUCGCCUUAGUCUUCUUCGUUGGCAAUCAACAGGAAUCGGGAAGCUACCGCUGGGCAUUGGAGGUGGGCGGCAGCAAUAAGUCAAUAAAAAUAGAAAAUAUGAAGCCGACCUCAAUCCUUGAUAUCAAGAAACUGAGCGUCAGCGGAAAAAAUGCCUUCGCCUUCUCUAAGAGUGACGCAACACGUUUUUCCUCCAAAGGAACGCUCAGUUUGAUGGUGUCCGUGACAAAAACGUCUGGUCCCAAAUUUACAGCUAAAAAUUCCUAAAGUGCAGAGGAGGAUGUGUAUGUGUUAGGGAUGGAGUUGAGAUUAUAAAGUAUUGUAAACCCCUCUGAAAAGUAGAAUAUCUUGGAAAUAUUUAAUGAUUUAUAAUUUGCAGUUAAAUGUGUAUGAUUUAGUCAUUAAAUAAUGUUGAGUCUUGAAAAUAAUGGCUGAUUUUUUUAUACCAAAUGCUUCUGUUAAGAUUCUAAGGCUUAAUUAAUAAACACAGUA